AUGAGAGUUGCGACACAGGCCGGCCUCUUCGGCCUCGUCUCCCUAGCCAGCGCGGUCCAGUACGGCUACAACCACGUCCCUGUUCGUCAGGACCCGGAUCACGUCGCCGCCCAUUUUCAGGAUGUCGAUAUCGACCUCUACUCUCCUGCAUUCCUCAACCCUGAGGGCAGAUUGCCCGGGUUCCCCAACGGAACUCAGGGACCAACAUCGCAUGAGGUGAUGGAAUCCUACAUGGAGGAACUGGCAAGCCGAAACGACUACAUGACCUAUCACACCGCCAACUUCACCUCGGAAGAGCUGCGCUCGUACCCUUUCGUGCACCUCUCGACCAACGGCCACUUGAACCCCUGCCGCCGCGGCAACUCGACCGAGAAGAUCCGCGUGUGGGUGCAGGGCGCACAGCACGGCAACGAGCCCGCCGCCGACGAAUCCCUCCUGGCCCUCCUCGGCCAGUUCGACAGCGACCCGGAAUGGGCGGCCGAGAUCCUAGACAAGCUCGAUAUCGUCGUCCUGCCGCGCGCCAACCCGGACGGCGUCUACUACUUCCAGCGCACCCUGGCCACCAACCUCGACCCCAACCGAGACCACAUCAAGCUCAACCGCCAGCAGUCGCGCGACAUCAAGACCCUCUUCAACGAGUACAAGCCGCAUAUCGUCAUGGAUAUGCACGAGUACGGCGCCACCACCCAGUACGGCCGUUACUACCACGCCUCGGACGGCCUUUUCGCCGCCGCCAAGAACCUCAACAUCCACUCCGACAUCCGCGCCCUGUCCGAAGACCUUUUCGCCAAGAACAUCGGCGACGCCAUGGACGAGCAAGGUCUCCGCUGGGAACCCUAUGCCACUGGCUCGUCGAGCACGAACCUGGAUUUCGUCCCCCACUUCAACGAAGCCGGCACGGACGCCAAGAUCGGCCGCAACGCCCUGGGCCUGACCCAGUCGGUCACCUUCCUCAUCGAAGCGCGCGGCAUUAACCUCGCCGACCAGGAAUUCCAGCGCCGCACGGCCGCCAGCCUGGUCAUGGCCACCAGCAUCCUCGAAACGGCCGCCAACAACGCCGAGCAAGUCUUCCGCGCCAUCGAGGACGGUAUCGACGCCUUCAUCCGCUCGGACGACGACAUCGUCCUGACCGACUACACCCGGGUCGAGAGCCGCCUCUUCACCAUGGUGGACCACACCAACGGUAGCCUCGCGCAGGUCCCCAUCACCUUCGCGUCCGCGACGCCGGCGCAGGCGGACCUGACCCGCUCCCGGCCCGAGGCGUACCUCAUCCCCGUGGCGUGGGCGGACGUGGCGGACCGGCUCCGCGCGGCGGGGUUGAAGGUCGAGACGCUGGAAGAGCCGUGGUCGGGCACCGUGGAGGCCCUGACGAUCACGUCGACGACGGUCGCCGGGAGCUACUACGAGGGUGCCCUCCGCGUCACGGCGACGGCGGAGGCGAGGAAGCGGGAGCUCACGCUGUCGGCGGGGAGCUUCCUGGUCAGCGCGCGGCAGAAGAACGCGGCGCUUGCCUUUGUGGCGCUGGAGCCGGAGACGAUCGACUCGUUUGUGACGUUUAAUAUCAUUCCGGUGAAUGUGAGGGAUGAGUAUCCUAUUUUCAGGGUCAUGUCUUGA